CGGGUAUUUUCAACAUGGUCGCCUCUCACUUUGUAACAAAAAUUUCGAAGUAAAAAACAGUUCAAAAUAUUGUUUCGAAUUAGUUAUUCAAGAUAAAUCAGAAUGUCUGACAGUGAAGCCAAGGAUCCUCCAACCCAGGAGGGAGACACAGAAAAGGAGAAGGAAGAGACAGAAAAGGAGAAGGAAGCAGGCAAAGAAGAUGAAAAAGAACAGGAUACCUCUGGCACCAAGUCACCUGAUAAGCUGUCCAUUCCUGGGUCCAAGCCGGCAAGUGCAAAGCAAAGCCGCACAGGAAGUGCAGUGUCUAAAAAAUCGGCAGGAUCUGCAGCUAGUGUUAAAAGCAGUGCAAGUAAAGCAUCCAAACCUGCAUCUCGAGGUAGUCGCACUGGGUCUCCAAAGGGAAGUGUCAGGGGAAGCAAUACACAUACACCCAAGAGUAGCAGGGCUACAACACCUAAGGGUAGUAUUAAGAGUGGUGGGAAAAGAUCUGCUGGGAAAAGAGCAUCCGCAGAAACGAAGCCUGAAACGCCUGCCCCUGAAAUGCCAAUGGUUGAUGGCGACCCAUUGGGCGGAGAUAGUCUUCCAGAUGGUGUUGUUCCUCUUUUCCUGUCAAGCAAAACUCAGGAGCUCUUCUCUUGUAAGACAGAUGAGAAUGUGACUGCCGAGAUGCCCUUCAAAAUCAUUGCCAAGGAAGAAAUCGUCACUGAUAUGAAGAUGAGAGCAGCCGUGUCUGAUUUUGCUCCCAUGAAACAGAUGAUCUUGGAAUACCCUGGGGAUGAAAUUCUGAUUGUGUAUGAUGCAGACUUCAAAUGGGGCCAAAAUUUCUGCAUUGCCACUAACGAGGAAGCAAAAGAAAAGUUGAUGAAUCCUGAAAGACCUGAAGGGGAAGUAGGUGAAGAUGGCGUGUUGAGAGAGCCAGAGGAAGAGGUCAUCUACAAAUACAUCCCACCAGAAUCCAAGCCGUGGAUCUCACUUGGAAGUGAAGUGGAAGUCCAAGAGGAGUUGGUUGUAGAGAAACGGAAACAGGUCAAGGUGACAGUAAAACGUGUUAGAAAAGAGUUUGGAACACCCAUUGAAUUCACUGACAGAAAUGUUGGUGAUGCCAAAGAUGCUUACAUAGAAUGCACAUCUUAUGAAGACAAAACCUUUGACCUCAAUAAGAUCGAACUGGACAAGGGCACACAAGCAAUACCGGAGUUCGAGGACACAAGUUGUCAGACAGACUGGCGGUAUCCUCGGAAUGCAAGCACCCAGUACUACCCCAGGGAGUUCAAUGAAGCCGAAAAGGAAGAACACAUCAACUCCAAUACGCUCAGAGACUUUGUGGAGAAUGCUGUGCCAAGGUUCCAGCUUUCCUUACAACAGAAUGAGAUUAUGGAUGUGUUCUUCAAUGACUGGGUCAAUUUAGCUGAUGAGGAUUCUACAUUCGGGAGCAAGGCUGAUAAUCACCUCAAGGAAUACCAGUCCUUCACUGAUCUCCAGUUUAGCAAAGAAAAGACAAUCACUUGCAUUGACUGGCAUCCAACGAUCAAAGGUGUACUGGCUGUGUCUGUGUCUGAGAGGAUCGCAUUCGAUGACAGGGUAGAUCAGUCGGCCAGAAUCAUCAUGACACCUUCCUUGAUCCUGAUAUGGAGUUUUGCUGACCCAAUACAUCCACAGCUUUUAUUAGAAGCACCAGAUGAUAUCUACAGUUUCCAAUUCUGCCCAACGGACCCAAACAUCAUUGCAGGUGGUUGUAUGAAUGGUCAGGUUGUGAUGUGGGACAUUGCAGCCCAUGUUGACAGACUCAAACAGCCAAGGUCGAGUGCUAAAAAGAAGAAUGCAAUGAACACAUUGCAAGGCUUUGAGGAUGAGAGCGCACUGGAAACACCCAUAGUGCGAUAUGCAGCUGUCUCAAGUAUUGAACACAGCCAUAAGGGAGCAGUCACUGAUAUAUUGUGGGUUCCAGAUCAUCUCGAGCUUACUCGAAUGGGUGUGCCCAUUGAGAAUAGACUACAGCAGUGUAUUCAGGUCAUGUCAUGUGCAGUCGACCAUCACGUUUUAGUGUGGGAUAUCAGGGCACCAAAGACACAAGCUCCAGUUCCAGACAAUAAAUUGAAGACGCCCAUGGGUGUGCCAACAACGUUUCGACAUCUGGAUCUUACAUGGAAACCAAUGUUGAAAGUUCAGCUUAAUAAGUCUGAGCCAGGAGGAGAUCACAGUCCAACAAAGUUUAGCAUAUCUGAGAGACAAGGUGAUAGAAGUGUCUUAUCUACUGGCACAACGGAAACAAAAAAAGAUGAGACAAGUACAAUGCAGGGUGGAUACUCCUUUGGUGGGAGAUCUGGUUCUGCCAAAGAGAAGAGGACCUUGCAGGGAGUCAAGACAAGUUUCUACUGUGGCACAGAGGAUGGAGAAAUAGUCUAUGUUGAUUGGAUGCCACAGAAAGAUCAGGACACAGGAAAAAUACAGACCCCAAAACCAGAAUUUUACAAUACGCUUCAUGAUGGUCCAGUGAUAGCACUUCAGAGAUCUCCAUUCUUCAAAGACAUCAUUCUUUGUGUCGGUGGAUGGACUUUCUCGAUUUGGAAAGAAGGAGUGAAUAGUGGACCCAUCUUGAGUUCUUGUGCUGCCAACAAAAGGCUCAGCGGGGGCUACUGGUCGCCGUCUCGUCCUGCUGUGUUCUUCAUUGCCAGGGUCGAUGGUAGUAUUGAUAUGUGGGAUCUCCUGGACCGGACACACGAGGCCUCACUCAACCAGAGCGUCACCUCGUCACCUAUCACUUGUAUCUUCCCAUAUGCUGUCAACACAAAGCAACAUCUUCUAGCAGUGGGUGAUGAUUCUGGGACACUUCAUGUUCUUGAGAUACCAUGGAGUUUGAGACAACCAACAACAAAUGAGCAUCAACUUGUGACGAACUACUUUGAACGUGAGGUAAAGAGGCGAGCGUUUGUGGUUGCCCGCUGGGACUUCAGAGAGAUGGAAAAACGAGAGAUAGAAGCAGAAAUCAAGAGAAAGGCCGGUAUUGCACCGAAUGUUGUACUCACGGAAGAGGAAAUAGAAUACAGAAUGAAGCAGGAGUAUUUGGCAUUUGUUGAAGAGGAGAAUGCUUUCCUUCGAGAGCUCGGAUUGAAGGUAGAAGAGGAGGAACCUCUUCCAGAAACAUAAAGUAGUGUUUCCUCAUCCUCUGAUCCAGAGAACAUUGAAAGACUGUCAUGGAGGGCUGUUAAUUACAUGCACACCAAAUGUCAAAGGAUGGACCCGACCCA